CUGGACUGGGUGUCACUGGGCUCCGAGGAGCGGCGGCCGGGGCACUGCGGGGUGUCUGGUGUCGGGCACGGCCAUGGCGGGCGCGCUGGUGCGGAAAGCGGCGGACUAUGUCCGGAGCAAGGACUUUCGGGACUACCUCAUGAGUACGCACUUCUGGGGCCCUGUAGCCAACUGGGGUCUUCCCAUUGCUGCCAUCAAUGACAUGAAAAAGUCUCCAGAGAUUAUCAGUGGGCGGAUGACAUUUGCUCUCUGCUGUUACUCCCUGACGUUCAUGAGAUUUGCCUACAAGGUGCAGCCUCGAAACUGGCUUCUCUUCGCCUGCCACGCCACAAACGAAGUCGCCCAGCUCAUUCAGGGGAGUCGCCUUAUCAAAUACGAGAUGACUAAAAAGGCAUCAGCAUAACAAGGGAAAAUGAAAAACCAGCUGUUGGAAGGGAAGCUAUGCCGCUGCUGAGUCAGUCUGCCUCACGAUAGGCUCGCUAAGGAAAACAGGCUGGCUACUAUUUUUACUAACCAGUUUUUCUAGAAAUAGCUGAGAGUCCCGAAGCCAACUCUCUGCUGCCUUACAAGUACCGAAUAUUUUACUUCUCUUCGUAAAGAGUAGCUCAAGAUAUGCAAUCAAUUUAGUAAUUCCCGAUGAUGGUUUUAUCUGCGGUAAUACCUGUUAGAAUUUACUUAAUGAAAAACCGAAGAGAACAUCGUUUAUAAUUAUUAGCAUUUAAGUACUCAGAAUUCUUAACUGUAAUGACCACGAGACCGACGGCUGGCCACAUACUCCAAUCUCAUUGCCAAUGUUUUGAAAAAGUGUGUAUUUCCGUGCAGUGUGUAUAUUGAGCUGCUGGAACUUAAUGGCAAUAAAUGAUUUAAAUAUUUGUCAAA